AUGGGAGUACCCAUCCUACGCACCAAGCACCUCUCGUCGACCAAACAAGGCCCAGGACCAAUAGCCACAUCCAGAUCUGACUCAAAGUCAAAAUUAUCGGCCAGCCUGAAAAAACCCUACGAAAAGCCGCUCGUACUUCGAACCCACAGCUUAAACCAGGAAAUGCCGCCUCGCAGUGUUUCAAACUCGAAUUCAGGUAGCCCUGGCGGUAGCAAACGAAUGAAAGAGCCGGAUUUAGCAGGCGACCUAUCCAAAAAGGCCUCCAGAAAGAUUGCAUCCAACUCUAGAAUCCGAAAGGAAGAGCAAAACAAACGGGAAAUGUACCUUCUCUUCGUGAAUAACGCCUUCAAGACAAAGUCAGAGUUCUCGUCAAGCUCGCCAUACAACUAUGCACAACUGAACAACUGGCUUCUUGCUCUUUCUCAUGUCGUUUCUCAGCUAGAUAAACGAUAUGUCGCUCUUGUAGAAUCCAUUAUUCAUAUGCCAUGGACUACUUCACCAGAUGAAACUUUUGUCAAAAGCUAUGUUAACUUUGUUGGGAUGUUGGUUAGCGCGAGGACCGAAUGGGUGAACAUGCUAGUCGCCA